AUGGAAACCCCAAACGCUAUCGUUGUGGGGGCUGGAGCCGGCGGAAUCGCUACGGCUGCACGCCUAGCCAAAGCCGGCUACAAGGUCACGGUUGUCGAAAAGAAUAGCUUUGUUGGAGGUCGAUGCUCUCUUGUUCGUCAUGGGGAAUAUAGAUUCGACCAAGGCCCAUCCCUUUUACUGAUGCCAGAGGUAUUUCGCCGGGCUUUCGAGGAUCUUGGUACUUCGCCUGAAGAUGAGGGUUUACGACUACUGAAAUGUGAACCCAACUAUCGUAUAUGGUUCUCGGACCACGACUACUUCGAAGCGUCGACAGACAUCUGCAAAAUGAAGCCUCAAAUAGAACGAUAUGAAGGAAAAGACGGCUUGCAAAAAUUGUUCCGAUUCAUGAGAGAGUCGGGUCAGCAUUAUGAUCUUUCUAUGGAACACGUUUUAUCGAAGGAUUUUCCUAAUCUCUUGGCCAUGAUUCGCCCAAAACUUCUGUUUUCGUUACCGUUCUUGCAUCCGUUUGAGAGUAUGUGGAGCCGCAUAAAGCGGCAUUUUAAGUCAGACAAGCUUCGACGUGCCUUCACAUUUGCCAGUAUGUAUCUUGGCAUGAAUCCUUUGGAAGCUCCUGGGACAUACUCUCUUCUUCAAUACACCGAGUUAGCCCACGGCAUUCUAUAUCCCGAGGGGGGUUUUGUAAAGGUGCUUGAGGGCUUGGCAAAUGUCGGGAAACGACUGGGCGUGGAGUACCGCUUAAAUACUGAAGUCGCAUCGAUAAUAUGUACUCCAGAGAACAAAGCUCAAGGGGUAAGACUCAUCACAGGUGAAGAGAUUUUCGCCGACGUUGUUAUCAUUAAUGCAGACCUUGUCUAUGCCUACAACAAUCUUCUGCCCCCUAACUCCUAUUCUCGAAGUUUGACGAAGCGCGCGGCAUCUUGCAGCAGCAUCUCAUUUUUCUGGUCUUUUGACAGAAUAAUUCCGGAGCUACAAGUGCACAACGUCUUUCUAGCGGAAGAAUACAAGGAGAGUUUCGACGCGAUAUUCCAUCGGCACCAGCUACCUGAAGAGCCAUCGUUCUAUGUCAAUGUCCCAAGUCGGAUUGAUCCCACCGCAGCGCCCAAUGGGAAAGACGCAGUUGUGGUAUUAGUGCCGGUCGGGCAUCUUACCGAUGAUGCAUCGAAUCCUCAAGACUGGAAUUAUUUAAUAAAUCAUGCCCGGGACGUCGUACUAAACACAAUAGAAUCUCGAACAGGGGCCUCGGGCUUCCGAGGCAGCAUAAUCGAAGAAUCAAUUGAGACCCCUACUAGCUGGAAAGUGAAGUUCAAUCUCGACCGCGGCGCGAUUCUUGGUCUUUCACAUUCAUUCUUCAACGUUUUGAGCUUCAGGCCCAGUAUCAGGCAUUUCGGUAUCCAGGGGCUAUACUUCGUGGGUGCAAGUACACAUCCCGGGGCAGGAGUUCCAGUGGCUCUUUCCAGUGCCAAGAUUGUGGCUGAGAAUGUACUGGCGGAUGCUUCAGAGACGACGAGUCGGCAGGGAUCUAAUUUUUUAAGUGUGGUGCUGUUCUUAUUGCCAUUAGUCCUGAUAGGGCUUUACCAAAUAAUCUCAUGA